AUGGCUGGUUAUGUGCUUGGGACAGGCUCUGGACUCCUAGCGGCUGCCGCGGUCUACUAUACUUUGUCCACGUCUCUGCGUCAGGCGACUGACUCAUUACAGAAUGACUUGCACCGUUCCACGGCCCUGUUGAGCGAUUCCUUUGACCCUCAAACUCCUCCAGCCCCAUCCUCCUAUGUGGGACCUUCUUACCCUUACACACCACGCUUCACGGACACACUCCGAUCACGAUGGAAUGUAGCCAUUUCCAGAGCAUUUGACGGCGUCCGAGAGACGGACUGGGCAGCCAUGGGUCUAGUCGUAGUGGACGAAACUGGCAAGGUUGUCAAACGUCUAUCUACCCAAUUGCAAAAUUCGGAAACUGGUCAAGCCGUCGCCAAAGCUACGCCGACCAGUGAAUCCGUAUCGAGAGCAGCGGAUAGAGUUUCUGAGAAGGCUCAUCGCAUGGUCGACGAUAUCUCAUCAACGGCGCAAAAGGAAGCGUCCUCCGUAUCUCACGGCCUCAAGUCUUUAUGGCCUAAACUUACAGGAGCGGUCCAGGAGGUGGAAAAGGAAGCAGGAGUCGUCAGUGAUGAGGUGAAGAAGCUGGUACACAAGGGGGAGCUUGAGGCGCAAGAGCUAGAUCGGUUAGGCGCAGGAGUAGUGGGAGGAAACAUCCGCGAGGAGAGUUUUACGGGAGGUACUGGAAGAUGGGUCAGGGCAAAAAGACAGGUCGAGGGACAUUUAGAGGGACGCCUGGUGUGA